AAAUUAUCUCUGUGAUGAGUUGAAUAAUGGGGUGGAGUAAGGGCCACUAUUUAAACUGCACUUGCUGACUGGCUAACAAACAAAUGUCAAACGUCUACAGUGGAGGAACAAGUGCAUUCGCAUCAAAACAAUUGCUUCUACCAUCUUGAGGAUACCGGACUUUGUAGGGGGGAGAAAAGACUGGAGUAGAGAAUACUGUAAGCUGUCGGCGUCUUGAAGAUCAGUUGAACGGCUGUUUGUUUGUUUGUUUAUUUGUUCAUCAUCAGUCUGCCAGAGAACAAAAGCCAAUGGCGACAGAAGAACCCGAGAAGCUGGCAGAAAACACUGAAUCAGACUCUGCGCCAAACAAAACUGGAACCAUGUCCUUCCCCGGAGACGACCCUCGACAUAAGCCCUAUGUUCUCGAAGGAUGGGACCUCCCUCCGAGAGGUCCUCGCUCGACGAACUGGAAGACUCACAUCGCAGGUCUCCGUUCACUUGAGCUCCGUGACGAUGACAUCUUUCUCCUUGCUUACCCAAAAGCAGGAACUCACUGGCUGUGGGAGGUGCUGUCCAUGCUGCUCCAGGGCAAAGCUCAGUACGAUGACCGCCCUAAAGAACAGUUGAUGAUGGAGAUGAGCGAUCUUGAGAAGCUGGAACAAACGCCUUCCCCUAGGAUCUUCAACUCACACCUGCCAUUUUUUAUGUUACCAUGGAAACAAAUGAAGGAGAAGAAGUCAAAGGUGCUACACGUGUACCGAAACCCCAAGGACUCGUGUGUGUCGUAUUAUCAUCACAUGAAGGGAUUUAGAAACAUGGACUUCAGUGAUUAUUUUGAAUUGUUUUUCUACGGAAAAAUGGACUCUGGCAAUUAUUUUGAACAUCUGAAACAAGUACUCACCUUUACGCUGGAGAACCCAGACGUACCUUUUCUGUCGCUGUCAUUUGAGGACAUGAAGAAGAAUCCUGUACAAAACGUGAAAAAGUUGGCCAAAUUCCUGGAAACAGACCUCUCCGAUGAAAUUUGUGAAGACAUCGCCGAAGCUUGUAGUUUCCAGAACUUGAAGAUAAAUGCGGAACUUAAGAAACAUCCUCCUUUUCCUCAUCCUCCAACUCCUCCUUCAACACCUACCUCCCAUGGAGAUUUAAAACACGAUGACAAGAAGAAACCUUUCUUUGAAGCUUACAGAAAAGGAGAAAUCGGGGAUUGGAAGAACUACUUCACAGCAGAAAUGAACGAAAGAGUGGAUCCCCUCAUAGAGGAAAAGAUGGAGGGCCUUCCCUACAUUUUACAAUACUCCUAAAGCCACGAACUAACUCUGAACUAACAAUUCCGUGUGGUAUCUUGGAUGUCAAGAACAGAAACAAGUUGUGAUAAUUAAACUGUAUUAUUCCAGAUGUCAAGAACAGACACAAGUGAUGAUCAUCAGGCUAUGACAUUCUUAGACAAGACUAGAGGCAAAGACUGAAAUGAAUAUAUGCGGAUUUACAUAUUUAAAUACCAUAAAUGGGACCUUUCAUUUAGUUGACAGAUUUUCUAAUGAUAAAGAUGACAGUAUGUUCAUUCUCUGGCUUGCUGUUAAGGACUUUUUCAUGUAGAGUGUGUAUGUGUGUGUUUGUUUUUAAAUUUGUCAAUAAAUUUAUACUCAUGCUGA